AUGACAGAAAUUCUUGAGCCCGGCAAGGCUUCUCAGAGCACACUCAAUGGAACCCGCAUCGUGCCUGAGCAGGUGCCCACCGCCGCCCCCAAAAAGCGCAUCUUACUGAAUGCAUUUGAUAUGUUCACCGUUGGGCAUAUGUCGCAUGGGCAAUGGAGAAACCCAAAAGAUAAAGCGUCGACCAAGAGACGAGACCUAACCUACUGGACUAAUCUUGCGAAGCUGCUUGAGAAGGGUGACAUCAAUGCGCUUUUCCUUGCCGAUUCGUACGGGCGUAUCGAUGUCUACAAAGGCAGCGCCGAGACGGCUAUGAGAAGUGGCAUCCAUUGGCCUAUGGGCGAUCCAGCGGUCCCAAUCACUGCAAUGGCUGCCGUGACGGAAAGACUUGGAUUUGCCAUUACUAGCUCAACAUCUUUUGAGAAGCCGUAUGUCCUUGCAAAGCGACUUAGUACGCUGGACCACCUCACCAAGGGCCGUAUCGGAUGGAAUGUGGUCACUUCGUUCCAAGCAUCGGCAUUCAAAGCUGUUGGGAUCGACCAGAUCCCGCACGAUUUGCGGUAUGAGAUUGCAGACGAGUAUCUACAAGUCUUGUACAAACUGUGGGAAUCGUCCUGGGCAGACGACGCAUUAGUGGAAGACAGGGAGAACGAAAACUACGCCGACUUUGAUAAGAUCCGCACCAUUCACCAUCACGGGAAACACUUCAAGGUGGAUGCGCCACAUAUCCUGGAUCCGUCUCCGCAACGUACGCCGUUCUUGUUCCAAGCUGGAGCUUCUUCUGCCGGGAUGGACUUUGCUGCUCGUCACGCCGAAGGGGUUUUUGUUUCUGCAUAUUCGCCAGCUAUGCUUGCACCGCGUGUGAAGGAGAUUAGAGCCAAGGCAGCAGCGGCCGGGCGGGAUCCGAAAUCGAUCAAGAUUUUUGCCAGUUUGACCCCUAUCAUUGGAGCAACCGCUGAAGAGGCAAACGAGAAGUAUCAAGACGCGCUCAAGUAUGCGAGCCCCGAAGCAGGAUUGGCUUUCUUUUCAGGCAACUCAGGCAUUGAUCUCAGUCAAUAUGACCUUGACACCGAGAUCAAACCUACGGACGACGGCAUCGACGCCAGGAUUCAAUCGAUAAUCGACACGUUUAAAUACACUGGCACUGAGAUCCCUUCCUGGACCCCACGAAAUAUCGGGAAGAUGAUCUCACUUGGACACAAUGGACACGUGCCAGUAGGGACGCCGGAGCAGGUUGCCGAUAAGCUUGAAGAAUGGAUCGACGUGGCUGAUGUGGACGGAUUCAAUCUUGGCUACAUCAUAACUCCCGAGAGCUUUGAAGACAUUGUGAACCUUCUGGUCCCGGAACUGAGGAAGAGGGGGAGAUAUGCACCUUUGGGCGAGUCGGGAACAAUGAGAGAGAGAGUCUACGGGGCAGGACAAUCGAAACUAAGGAAUGACCAUCCGGCUAGUAAAUUCAAAUGGGCGAACUACAAGGAAGAUGUUGAUGACUCUUGA